CGUAGACGUCCCUCUGAUUGGUUUAGGAUCCUGUUUAAACCCCAUUCAAACCCCUCCCUCUUGUCACCGCACGGCGUGCUGGAGAGAUUUGCAGAACCGCGGGGGUGCGUCGCCGGGGCCAGUCCGCCACGCAAUUAGGGUUUUGUUCUGGAGGAGCUCAAGCGAGGGCUCGUUUUUAAUAUUAUAGAUUUUUUUGUCAUUAACAACAUUCCUAUUGUAAUUAUGAGACUUGUUUAUUGCUCAGGUGGUUCUCAAGUCGUUGUCUGUAGCCUAAUGCAUGAUAUGAGUUUACAGAAGCCUCCGAGCCAUUGAGAAUCAUCAUGAAGUUGCGGACACCUGUCCUCUUUUUGUCUCGGCACCAUUCUGGGACCGGUCGAUGGACAUGGAGACAGACGAGGUGUCGGGUGACUGUGUCUCUGAACCCAAUAUUAUCUUUGAAAAUAAUGGUCAUCUUAUCUGGUGAGUUGGGGUCUCUGGCUGAGAUGGAGGACCUCCUGUUGAGGAACCUGUUCCAGGGGUACCAGCGCUGGGUCCGGCCCAUCCAGCACGCCAACGACAGGGUCACAGUACGCUUCGGACUCAAGAUCUCACAGCUGGUGGACGUGGUGAGGAUGCACACUACACCACGUGCACACACACAAACAAGGAAUUGAAGCGAAACGCACAUACACAGUGACGAAAGACCUUACCGUACAAACAAACAAUGAAAGUAAUCAUAAUCAAAUCAAAUAAAGAUUCUAAAUAUCUUGUCUGAAUGGCUUGAGCCAUGCACUUUUUAAGCCAGAAUUGUAAUUCUGUCCCUCUCCAUGUUGCUGAAACAAAACGAGCACUGCCACAGUGAAACAGCCCGAUUCUGCUGAGCUGUCCAAGGUCCUGACGUAAAGCUGUUGGCCUCCGUAGAACUCACAGAACACGCUCGUUUUCAAGAGGUUACAU